AUGGGCCGUCUCGAAGGAAAGAAUGCUAUCAUCACCGGUGCUGCAGGUGGCAUCGGCCUCGAAACCACCAUCCUCUUCGCUCGCGAGGGCGCCAGCGUCCUGAUGGCUGACAUUUCCGAGCCCGCCCUGGCCAAAGCUAUUGCCAAGGUCAAGGAGGUUGUUCCAAAUGCUCCCCGCCUGGAAACCAUUCGAUGCGAUGUAUCCAAGGAGGCCGACGUGCAGGCCAUGGUCGAGUCACAGGAUAGCUGGGGCGGUGUGGAUGUGAUGUUCAACAACGCGGGCAUCAUGCAUGCCGACGACGCGGACGCUGUUGAUACCAAUGAGAAGAUCUGGGAUCUGACACAGAGCAUCAACGUGAAGGGUGUGUGGUUUGGUUGCAAGCAUGCUGUGUUGAGCUUGCGCCGCAACAAGAAGACCCGUGGAUCUGUGAUCAAUACUGCCAGCUUUGUUGCACUGAUGGGUGCCGCUACACCUCAAUUGGCUUACACUGCCUCCAAGGGAGCUGUACUUGCCAUGACAAGAGAAUUGGCUGUUGUGCAUGCCCGCGAGGGGUUCCGCUUCAAUGCCCUCUGCCCCGGUCCUCUCAACACUCCUCUCCUCCAGGACUGGUUGGGUGAUGAUCAGGCAAAGCGAUUCCGUCGCGAGGUGCACUUUCCCAGUGGCCGCUUUGGUGAGCCCGUUGAGCAGGCCCAGGCUGUCCUCUUCCUGGCUAGCGACGAGAGCAGCUUCGUGAAUGGAACCGACUUUGUUGUUGAUGGUGGACUUAGCAAGGCGUACGUGACCCCGGAGGGCCCUGCGGCCGCUGCACCCAAGAAUUUCAGCCAGUAG